UCCAGGUUACGGCUUUGCUUGAAAUGUAGGCCUAGUUCAUGGUCAGAUUUAUAAAUUAUGAAUUUUAAAGUAGUAACUUUUAUUCUCAUUCUUUCUUGUGUCGUCAUAUGUGUGGAGAGUCACCGUGGUGGAGGAUGCAGAAGGUCAUCAGGAAGGUCACGAGGAGGAUGUCACAGAGGUCAAGGUCACCGGAGACAAUCCUGUAGACCUCAGCGUAGACAAUCAUGUCAUCAUGGUCAACAAGAUCGUCAUCACGACUGUCACCACCAAGAUCAUCACGAUUACCAUGAUUAUCACGACGACAACUACGAUGACUACGGGGGCAGAAGUGUUCAAAGUAGAAACCAACACCGAAGUACCACAGGAAGAAAUCAAGAAACGAGAAGUGCCCAGAGGAUCCAACAAGAACAGACUCGUCAAAGAGAUAAUGUGAGUAAACCGAGACGAACAAGCAAGGACAGUCAGCAAGAAAAAAGACGGAUAAAAGAUGAAAAUCUUAGAAGAAAGAGUAAUAACGUUGCUCCUCGAAAUCCACCAAAUGGUCAACCGAAGACGAAGAAGCCUCGUCAGCAACCUCCUGCCAGAGAUCCUGAGCCUGAACCUUCUAAUGAUAACUCUAGAGAGGAUUUAAGUCUUGAAGACGAUAACGAUUCUGAUCAAGACGUGUUCUUCUGGUCCAUUCAGAUUCCGAAAGAUACGAACGAUAAUAAUGACGAUGAUUAUGUGGAUAAAGAUCACCGCUUCUAAUUAAAUCAUAAUUAUCCUUCAUCUCUUAGCAUGAUAGCAUGAUUGCUGAUAAUUUGUAAAACUUUAGUGAAAUAGUGAAUAAUAUGAAUAACAAGAUAUAAAUAUAUAUAUUUACAUUGGCCUGUAAAAUGAAAAUGAUCCGUAAUAAUUUUACAACUGAUUUAUAUUUAAAUGUAAAUAAACCCCACUUUCUAUGGAGCUGUUUUUAUUGACAUGGUAGUAUUUGAAGCAAUGUCAUUGAUAUUCUAGUUGUAUUUAUUAGAAAUCUUAAUCGCCUUAUAAAUGAAAAGAAAAUGUUAAAUGAUGAUCAAAUCAGUUCAAUAAAAAUUG